ACACAGAUCAGAAAGGCUUGGGUUCCGUUCAUCAAUCAAUCAAUCAGAGAGACUCGUCGAGCAAAAUACGCGUAAUUGCUUAGAUUAUGUUCCCUUUUCUUCCUCCAGAGGAAUUUCCCCUCUUGAGCGAACACGAUGGGUUAUCUUAAUUACUAGUUUUUUCUUUUAGUUUCCAAGUGAUUCCCCAAUCGGCUUUAAUGGGGAAUAUACUGAGUUUGAAUAGUUCCACUUCCAAGAGUGAAUGGAGUGACCCUCGUGAUAUUUUGCAAGGUGAGGCUUGCAAGAGACAGAGGUUGUCAUCAAGCUUUAAUGAGGACAACUCAAGACUGAUUCCAGCCCUUCCUGAUGAGUUAUCACUUCAGAUUCUAGCCAGAGUUCCUCGCAUUAGUUACUUUAAUCUCAAGUUUAUUUCUCGUGCUUGGAAGGAGGCUCUUGUGAGUUCUGAACUAUUUGCUUUGAGAAAAGAACUCGGAACGGCUGAGGAAUGGCUCUACAUAUUAACAAAGGUCAAAGAUGAUAAGCUUUUAUGGUAUGCCUUGGACACUCUUUCAGGAAGAUGGCAGAGAUUGCCACCGAUGCCAAAUGUCACCUUUGAAGAUGAAACAAAGGGUUUGACAGCCCUAAAAAUGUUGCGCAGGGUGGGGUCAAGCAUCAGAAUUGCUGAUGUCAUAAUGAGCUGGCUUGGGAGGCGAGAUGCCCUAGAUCGGAUGCCAUUUUGUGGUUGCUCAAUUGAAGCUAUUGAUGGUUGCAUCUAUGCUUUAGGAGGAUUUUUAAAGCUUCAGCAUGAAAUCUGUUGGCGAUAUGAUCCUGUGAAAAAUUCUUGGAGUGAGGCUAGUCCAAUGUCAGUUGGUAGAGCCUAUUGUAAAACAGGUAUAUUGAAUGGCAAGCUUUAUGUUGUUGGAGGAAUUACUAGGGGUCCUGGUGGACUUACCCCUCUUCAAUCUGCAGAAGUGUAUGACCCACAUACUGGUGUGUGGUCUGAAUUGCCAAGCAUGCCUUUUGCAAAAGCUCAGUGCUACCAACUGCAUUUUCUGGCUGACCUGCUCAAGCCUAUUGCCACAGGAAUGACAUCGUAUAAGGGAAAGUUAUUCGUUCCUCAGAGUUUGUAUUGCUGGCCAUUUUUUGUUGAUGUUGGUGGAGAAGCUUAUGAUCCAGAUUCAAAUUCAUGGUUUGAAAUGCCAAUUGGUAUGGGUGAAGGUUGGCCGGCACGGCAAGCCGGGACAAAACUUAGCGUCACUGUCAAUGGUGAUUUAUAUGCACUGGAUCCUUCAAACUCUCUCGACAGUGCAAAGAUCAAGUUAUAUGACCAUGGAGAUGAUGCUUGGAAAACUGUUGCAGGAAAUGUUCCAAUCCAUGAUUUCACGGAUUCAGAAUCUCCCUAUCUUUUGGCUAGUUCACAUGGAAAGCUCCUAGUAAUAACCAAAGAUGCCAAUCACAAUAUUACAGUGUUGCAGGCUGACCUGCAAAAUGAUUCAUCAUCCUCUCGAUCUUUGUCGGCAUCAUCAGAUGAUGAUUCACUCAGUAAACAUGCUGAUCCGUCUGAGGAAUCUGAGAGAGAGCUUUGGAGGGUUCUUGCAACAAGGAAUGGUAGAUCCGCUGAACUAGUUAGCUGCCAAUCCCUUAAAGUUUGAUUGUGGAUAAUACUUGAAUAAAAUUUUAAGUGUCUGUUAUCAAAAUCUUCAAUCAAAAUAUAACCCAAUAGUAUUUUUGGAAACUAUAUGAUGUAGAGUUUUAAAAGGAGUUUAUGCCUUAUGUUUUAUUGGAGAAUCAAAUAGUGAACAUCUUAAAAAUUGUAACUAAGCUUUGCCCUUGAUU